AUGCGAAGCACAUCUCCCAGUCAUUUUUUUCAAUCCCAAGUCCCACGACCUCGAAUCCAACGUCCUGCUCCAACAGGACCAUAUUUCUUCUACGGCUCACUCCAAGAUCAAAGUCUACUUGUAGAUCUAUUAGACCUAAAACAGGCAUCCCACCUGCGACCUGCAUACAUUGAGGGCUACAAGUGUAAGCUUUGGGGACACUACCCAGCCUUACUUUCUAGUGGUCCCGGUGACAUUGUCACGGGGGCCGCGUACGAAGUACCGACAAUUGAGGAUGCAGAGAAACUAGCGGCUUACGAGGGCCCUAGCUAUACAACUAUUGCUUGCUCAAUUAGGUAUGCGGAUGACCAAUCUCCCAGGCAGGCCGAGGGGUACGCGUUUCUCUUCGUAGGAAAUAUGCGUGAUCUGAGUGAGGGGUCUUUUGAUUUGAAGCUUUGGUUGGAGAGGAUGACAUCGGGAAGAAAAAAAUGA